AUGAAACAUCGCUGGUUCUUGCUCGCUGAGGAUUACUCCGUUCGGCAACUAACCCAGGAAACGGAUAAGCUGCCCGCGCUAUCAGGCGUCGCGCAAUCGUACCAACGGCACUUUGGACCAGAAGCGGUCUAUAUGGCCGGGACAUGGAGUACCCACCUGCCUGACGCCCUGCUGUGGAUGACACGACAACCGAGCGAUGAUUCCUUUGCUGUCAGGGCGUCGACUUUGCGUCUCAAAGACGUCCCUUCCGCCGUCGCUGAUACCUCCAGUAUCACCCCAAAGCCAUGCCAUCCAGCAGACAAGGUCUUAGCCGGCCUCAAAGUGGCAGAAAUGAAAGGCACCCCCAAAUACCCCGACCCCUACGGCGCCCUCAUCUCCGACGGCUCCCACCUUCUCCUAACAGGCGCCCGUCUCGUCAAAAUCGAUGGUUUCGCCCCACCGCUCACUCGCUACGGCGAUCAAGAUAUGGCAAUGAACGAUUUAGCGAUACUAAGAGGGGGAGAGAUGGUGGGGGUGCUUCAUCCCGAUGUCCGGAGCGAUUUGGACAUAGAGCGAUACAAUGCAAGCACGGACAAAGUCGGGCUGGUCUGCCUUGCUCUCAUGGGAGAACCUGAAAGGGGAGAGACGGAACGACCUAGUCUUUAUCAUGAUUUGAAUGUGAAGAAUGGUGAGCUGGUUAUGGGACUUGUGCUUAGGAGACGUGAGAAUGGGGAGGAUGGGGAGUAUGAGAGGGUUGGGUUGGCGAGGUGGAUGAGGUUGGAGAUGUUUAGGGAGGUGGGGGAGGGGGUUGUUAAAUUGGUUUGA